AUGCCGCCCGGGAAAGGCUUUGUCAAGGAGGACCCACUCGCCUUUGAGAAGCCGGCCAACACCGACUGCUACAAGAUGGGCAAGCACGGCAUCCCCUACACCAGCGCCGGGGGCGGCGAGGUGUACAGCGACGGCACCGUGAGCGGCCUUCUGCGCUCCGUCUACGAGUACCUCGUCGAUGAGCACCACCGGCCGAGUUACUCGUCUACCAUGAUCCGAGGUCCCGACCUGCACACCCGCCCGCCAGCGUGGCUGGAAGACAAGAACACGGCCAUCGACGGCUCACCGCUGACGACUGUAGAGCGCAACGCGCCGGGGUACUGGUCUGUGACGUACAAGAAGGAGCUUGAGGUGGCGGAGGCCAUUCAAGAGGUGAAGCGGCAGCGUCGGUACGAACAAGAGAACGACCUGGUAGGCUUUAUGAACCGCGCACGCCGGUACUUCGGCCUCUCCCCCCUGCUCGACGAGGCGGCGGCGAGAAGCCACGUCGAAGCCCGCCACCGUCUAGAGGACGAGGCGCGACGGCUGCGCUCGUCAACAGCGCUGGGAGCCUCAGGUGACGAGGUGGCGCAUGCGGAGGAGGGCUGUGGUGCGUCAUCGUCGCCACAUCCGAUCGGUACGCUUCCCCGAAGCGGAACUGCGCAGUCCCUGGCAGACAUCCCACAGCAGCGCAGCAGCGAGUACGGCGAAAAUGAUGUGCGGCGCACGGGCAGGGUGCUGUCAGCGCCGUGGUUGGCGUUGAUGGAGUCUGUUGAAACAGGGCGACCCCUCACAAGAGUGGUGAACGAGUACCGUCCGCACCUCGACUACUACGGCCUCGACCCAUUCCUCGACUCGGCGCCGUCUGUGGUGUGGUCCAGCACAAAGUGCGGCAUUGCGAUCGGUCUCGCCCACGGUACGACAAAGGCUGUGCAGGCGAUGAACGUGGAGGUGCAGUUCCUGAAGGCGUCGGGGGUGGGGGUGCUGUCGAUCCUGAACAUGUCCGUCUUUGCCAGCGUCGUAAAGUGGGGCGGAAAUACUGCCAUUCUCGCCUGCGCCUUCUGCGUGGGCGACCGACUGAUGCGACGAAUCAAAUUGUACACGCUGCCGCCACACGAUGCGCAGCGCCGCUCCACAUCGAACUACGUUAUGGGCCUCUCCUUCUCUGGGGCCAUGGUGGGUGUGCUGCCGUGGUGGGUGUUGAACGACACGAGGUUGGCAAUGCGCAUGGCGGCAUCAGGGUUCGCCAUCGGUGGGGCACUGGGGCUGAUAGUGGGCCUGAGUAUCCAACAGCUCGUGGCUCUGAACACAGAGCGGCUAGACGCGACCAACAGGCAGCUGCGUCGCUACGAGGCCCUCUUGGCUCGCCAGCGGGAGUGGGCAGAGCAGGUGCGGAGCAAAUACACGAGUACCGCGUACGUCUGGUGGUGA